GAGCGUCCUCCAGUAAUGAUUCAUGGACAUAACUAUAAUCAGAGAUAAUCUCAUGGGAUGGAUGUUCAACAUCGAUGUGUAACGGAUUAGUUUGUGCCGCACUCGUCCUUUUCUUCCUUGGAUGAGUGUCAAUCGAACCAAGUGGCCUUCCUCUCUUCCUUUGAGGAGCCACGGCCUCACCCACACUUCCACUCAGUGUGGAUCAUAGGAUGGUCGUGAUCCUGUUUUUACUAAUGAGCAGGCUUUACAAAAGGAUUUGUGGACAUGUGACAUUGUCAAAAAAUUAUUUUGAGACGAGGACGAUGCUUCAAUUUCUUUAGAAGGCAUUUGUCGCAGUUGGGCAAGAUUGGGCCGACCGCUUUUCAAGCUGUCGGGUUUUUGUUUCGCUUUGUCCUUGCCUCGAAAGAAAGGAUGACCGUGAGAGUUUUUUAGGAUACGAAUCAUCAUGUCACGACCAGGAUGCCCUAAUUGAUCAUGCCAAAGUCUAUAUCGUUCAGUAUCCCUUAUGUCAUCAUGACUUAAAGAAUAAGAUUCAAUUAUUCGAAUUGUAGUGAUAUACAGUCCACUACUCUUACCCUUAAACUUCUCUAAGAUGCACUUUCUUCUGCAUUCAUUAGAAGUAAUGUAAAGAACUGGAACACAUAAUGCAUAUAAAAAAUAGGGGCAUAAAUCCCGUAAUUUAUUUAAAUUGAAUGCAAAUUUAAAACAAUUCCACAUAGUCUAAAAAUGCAAUAAAUAGUCUUCAAAACACUCUUAGGAAAUCGGCAGAGACAAAAAAAAUUAUUCUAAAAACAUCAUGCAUGGAGAGAAUGAAUAUAGUGUAUCAAUCAAAAUCAGGUGUAUCCAUUGAGUGCACAUUAUCCCCCUUGUUCGUAAAGUGUGCAAGGGUAAUGCUCUCUAGAUUGGAGAUAUUUCUUGUAGCAGGCUGCAACUUUGUUACUACCAUGUGUGUACAUGAGGAAUAGUUAUUUUGGCAUUGAAACAGAGCAAAAAAAACAGUGUAUAUUUUCAAUUUGUGCCAAAUCCACUUUAAAAAAAAUUUCGUGAAGUCAUUAGCCGUGAACUAAAUAUGACUAUCAUAAUAUGAUUAUCACAAAUAAAGUCGCAUAAACUAGAGUCAUAAACCUCAAUUUGGAAUUUGUUUGGUGUCUUCACUUGAAGACAUUCCCUAGACAGUGUUUUGCCUUUUUUUUUGACAAAAGCUGUAGUGUAGUUUUUCAUAAAAAAUAAUAAUUUGAGUAUAAGAAGUUUCAACAAUGGGAGUAAAUUAUUUGAGUUGAAAAAUGAACUACACCGUUACAGUAAAACAUUGGAAUGUAUUACCCACAAUAAACAUACCAAAUGUAUUAAAAUAAAUUAAAUAAAAAGGAAACUGAUUUAAUGUAAAGAUUUAUUACAUAUUUUCCAGAAAAAAAAAUGCAAGUUCCAAUGCAUAUAAAAUCCCAAAAAAACAGUCUUUGACAGAAUUUGGGUAAAAUCCGUGAUUUUAAUCCAUGGCAAUCAAACUAAGAUUACAAAAAAAAUGUAAAAUGAUUUCAGCUAUAUCACAUAGAGAUCACACAAAAGAAAACAGCAAAUUGGGUUUAUGUAAUCAGGAUUUAAGAGCGCACAUAUGCAUCGUAAUUCAAUAGCAAUAAUUUGGGGGGGAAAAAACCUGGACCGUAGGUGCGAGAUGCUGUGCAAAUUGGUUGGGGUCGUGCGAUGGGAAGAAAACCGCAGUUGCUGUGCGAUAGACUGAGAUUUCGGGGAGACGGGAAAAAAAAACCUCUGAUUGACACAGAUUUCUGGUGCUGGUUCUUCCGAUUUGGCCCUCGCGGUCGUCUGCGCCUCACGAUCGGGAAGAAGGCUUCUCCUUCAGAUUUGGUUCACGAUGUUCGACGGCGACUGGCGAUGGUGGCGUGGGGAAACUCAGACGCUUGGAAUCGCAGACCUGGCGGCGGGGUCCUUCCGAUUUGAUGCGCGAUGGGGGAUCGCAGAGGAGCAGAGGAGAACGGCGAUGGGUGGUCUUUUCCUCUGCGAUGUACAGUGGAGAUCGGCGGAGAAAAGAACAGGAGAGAGGGUGGCGGACGGAAAAAAAUUAGGGUUUUUCUAGAGCUCAGUGCUGAUAACCUGUUGUGG